GAGAACUCACCAUGGCCAAGGUGAUUUCGGCCAAAUCGCCACUUCACAGCUGAAAACUUGAGCAGUGAGCCGCCAUGAAGCGCAGUGCAGACGAUGCCUUCGGUGGAGCUACCGGAACUUUCCAAUGGAAGCCCCAAGGUGCCGCGCUCCUGGACCCCAAGGCCUACUUUGCGCAGUUCCAACAAGCGCAGGCACACGCAGUAAUAACUCAGACGAUGAUGCCCGAGAAGGUGGAACAGCCAGAGGCGGCCAAGGGGAAGUCGAAGGGAGCGAAGGGCGAGAGGAAGGAGAUGAACAUUGACAAAUCCACCAUUCAGGACUUGGUGAGAGAUAGGGGCCGCAAACUGCAAGACCUCUCCUAUGAAGACCUGACGCAGCUUCUGCGGACCGUGGCGCGGGCUCGGCUGGACAAGCGCGACACAGAUAUGCAGACCGUCCGUACGGAGGACAAUGACCGCUAUUUGUUCCAGCUCGCUGACAGGCGCAUUUGCGACGAGGUUGACCAGAUUCCUGUGUGGCUGCUAGCCGAAGUCAUCUACACACACCACCAGAUCGGGAUCAAGAACGACCGGCUUUUCAAGGUCCUAUGCCCGAAGAUCGUGACGAAACAGAAGGAUCUCCGGGAAGAUCAGAUGGCCAGAUGUAUCAAGGCCUAUCGUCGCUUCUCCGUGCCGCUGAAGGAAGAAGCCCAGGGCUUCCGGACCAUGGCCAUCGUCCAGAAGGGCGACUUCCUCAGGCCGUCAGACAAGCCAAAGAACAUGGGCAAGAAAGUCUUCGAGAAGCCGCAGGCCUUGUACCCAGAGCCCAUGCUGCAUGCGAAGAAUUGAGUGCCGCCGAAGGCCGUGUGAAAUGAUCAGAAGGGGCCGUGAGAAGAUC